AUGCACACUCGCAAUGCGCAGAGCUUUCCUGCGCUGCUCACCGACCUUGCUCUGGACGCCUACACCAACCAUCUCACUUCACAACGCAGAUUACCGGAAACGGAUUCAAUUUCAGGACUGACGACCGGUGCGGCUUCUCUAGAGGAAACCUUGGCGCCUCUGCAGCUUAUUUAUGGAAAGGUUUUUACUUUGGCUGUUGGAAUUGCGCUGCAUGGUGCCGAGUCGAUCAUUCGUUACGUGGCAUACGACACCUGUGGAUCGAAUGAUUGUGUUUCACACAGCGAACAACACGAUCAACAGCGGCAUCUGGAGGUGGAGAGUGCAAGUGGUAAUUCCAGUGGAAGGUGCCUGUAUUUUGUCGGUGAACACCGCCUCUUCUCGCCGUACUACUGCCCAUGUGGGGCGUAUGGCUAUCAGGGCAUUCGACGACAAGAGGUGUGGCUGUGUAAGCACCUGCUUGCACUCCGUAUGGCACUUGUUUUGGAAGAAAAAGGCCUUGUGAAGGACGUCAUACGCGAACGCAAGAUAACGAGGUGCAAACUUCAGGAGAUGAUGCAGUCGCUGGACUGA